AUGCCAGAGAAGGCUGAUACUUGGCAGGCGCAAGAGGCUCUCGAGGCAGAAGAGAAGGCCAAGUACUCAGAAUACACGUAUGCGCCCGUAAAAUUGAAGCUGGGGAAGGAGAUGCGGACGAGUGUAGAGUGGUCCACUCUCGGGUUAUGUAAGCCUCUCUUGCGCGCAUUGCGGGACAUGGAGUAUGCGCACCCAACACCCGUGCAAAAGGACGCUAUUCCGUUGGCGCUGGCGGGCAAGGACGUGUUGGGAAUGGCGCAGACGGGAAGUGGAAAGACAGGCGCGUUUCUUUUGCCGUGUAUUGAGAGGCUGAGUCGCUCAAACUUGAUUCGCGGUCGACGGCUGCUUGCGGAUGGCCGCAUCGUAGGCAACAAGCACAGCAUGACCAAGGUCCUGGUAAUGCUUCCAACGCGAGAGUUGGCUGCUCAGUGCCAUGGUGUAUGUCGACAGUUUUGUAAAUACCUACCCGUAACCUCUUGCCUGCUUUGCGGCGGCGCCAGUGUGGAUGGUCAGGAGUGGCAGAUGCGCAGUUGCCCGGACAUAGUUGUAGCUACUCCGGGCCGGUGUCUGGACCUGCUGCUUAAUAGCGCAGGAGUGCACUUGGAUUUGCUGGACAUUGUUGUAUUCGACGAGGCCGAUAAGCUCAUUGACCUGGGGUUCAAGCAUGUCUGUCUCGAAAUCAUGAAGCGACUUAACAAGAACCACCAAACCUUGCUCUUCAGCGCCACACUCAACAGUCAGGCAGAAGAACUCAGUACUAUGGGCCAGACCAACCCCGUCCGAGUACCCAAGAACAUGACCAGCUUGCGGGCUACUCAGGCGGCCAGAAUUAGAAACGAGUUCUACUCCUUCUCCAUGACUACCGGGAAUGCUGCCGCUGGUCGACCUAUGGCGAUCACGGAGGACAUCACCACCGGCGAAGACGCCACCGGCGAAGACGCCACCGGCGACGUGGCGAUGGAGACCGCUACCACCACUGCUAUGCCAAAGACCAAGGGCGUGAUUGACCUGGAUGACUUGGAGGAGUCUCCCAAGUCGAAGGUCAGCGCUCAGAAGAGGGUUAAGUCUGGUGCGUUGAAGGCUGGUGUGUUGAAGACAGGUGUGUUGAAGACAGGUGUGUUGAGGUCCAAGUCAGAUGCGAAGGGUGCAGGCAAUCCGGCUGGUGUGAAUGCGUGGCUGGUGCGACUAAGUUUGUUAGCGAAGGUCCUCGAUGAAGAGGUGAAUGUGAAGGGGCUUCGUCGAAUACUGGUUUUUUUCAAUAGCAAGGUGAAUGCUCGGAAGGCGUCGGUGAUGAUGAAAGAGCUGUCUUGUAUGCCUGCGUUCAACGAGAUGCAUUCGGAUUUGGAACAUUGGGAACGUGUCCGGACGUUGAAGCAGUUCCAGGACGGUGAGAUUACCGUGUUGUUCUGCACAGACUUGCUUGCAAGAGGUAUCGACUUGGACAAUUUGGAGUUGGUAAUUAACGCGGAGACGCCUGAGACCGACGUGAAGUAUCUGCAUCGCAUCGGACGAACGGGUCGAGGUGGUAGCAAGGGCCGCGCCAUAACUAUAUACGACCAUGAGAGAGAGCGAUCUGCACUUAAAGCGAUAUUCAAAAGUGUAAAAUGCAAGACUGCCGAAAAAUUCACCAAGGUGGAACACCACAACUUAACGACUCUAGAAUCCUAUAUAUCGCUCCUUAUAAAGAAGCGGCCCGCUGUCCAGAAACAACUCAAGCUGGAUAAACUUCAGAAAGAGAUGAAAGUCUUAGAGGCCAAAACCAAGAAAGCAGCACAUCAACUAGAUCUCGAUGUUCAAAAUAACAAAGACGUUCGAAACGCUGAUGUUAAAAGGAAACGUGUGUGGAUUCAUGAAGAAAAAAUCAACACGCUUAAAAAGAUACGGAGCAAGGUCCAGAAUGUGCGACCCAUUACGGAGACUACCAAAAAACUGAAAUCGAAACCCGGCAGAGCUAUUAUUAAACCAAGCAAAACGAUUAAGAAGGGAGGGAAACAAAGAAGAUCUUAA